ACCAACUGCGUUUGUUAUCCAUGAUAAACUAUCACGAUGGCAUGAGAUAUUAAAUAAUAGUAGUGCAGAAAAUAAAGAUGAAUUAGCAAUAUUAAAAGCAUUCCAGUCUGCAGAUGCAAUUAUUCCGACAUUAUCAACAGAAUUGCCAAUUUUCCCUAAAGAAAAACUUACAA